GAUGAGACAAGUAGUCCUGGCCUUAGCAUGCACAGAUCCGUAACACAGUUCAAUCAGGGCCUGAAAAUGUCUGUGUGCAACGAGUUUGUGGAACAUAUCUGGAAACCUGGAUCCUGCAAGAACUGCUUUCAUCCAAAAAGUGACCACCGAAAGCCUCAAGCACACUUCGAUGGAAAGAUCGGCAACUUGCCAGCCUUGCCAAGUUUUAAUGGAAUUAGGACCAAGUCAGAAAAUAACAACCAAGAUGAUGACAUUAUGACUGCUGCUCUUUAUUCAAAGCCCACCAUAGCAGUAAAGCCAACCAUGAUUACUUCAGAUACUGCAGAGGAGUGGGCCCAGAUGAACAGCACAGAGACUCUUACUCAGGUGAGUUGGAAAGUGUCCUCAACAGGCAAUUCGAUUUUGAAAUCUGGGGAUAUCUCAAAGGUUAUUUUGGAUAACUUUAGCAAGCCUUUCAAGCACAAUUAUGGUUCUUCUGGUGACCCAUCAAAAUAUGUUUUCAAUGAACUGACAAAUCCUGAUAAAAAGAUUGAAAUUAAUGCUGUACACAAUUUGACAUAUGUGAGCCACUUCGGUGGUCAAGUUGACAAAGCUGUAUUUCUCAAGGAAAAGUUGCCAACUUCCCCACAGGAAGCUACCCAGUUUUCAAGAGAAGGCAGCAAUGGAAAUAUUGAGAAACUCAAGUGUUUUCGAGGAGAACCGGCUUUGCUUUCUUCAAAUAGUUCCAGCAGUUACGGCUGUGGAACACAGUCUAUUGCUGACAGGCCAUCAACCAAUGGAACUGUUCUUUCCAGAGGCAAUGCAGCUUGUGAAACUUCUGCCAGAGUUGCUGCAGGAUUGUGCAACCAAACAAGACCUGUGAACGAUGGCAGAAACUGCCAUACCUCAGACCUGGGAUCUAGUAAGAGCAUGUAUUUUAGCAGAAUGAAAGUAUCCUUGCAAUCUGAGUCAGACAACCAGUCAGAGACGCGAUCAUGCAUCAGUCCACUUGUAUCACCAGCUAUUGCCGAUUUCCAGACUUCUGAGUUUCACUUAUCUACAAUACCUGCGGGUGAAAAGAAUAAUGAGCCAAUAUAUGCUGAAAGCACUAAAAGAAAAGCUAUUUCAGACAAAGCUGUAGCAAGAAGUAUAGGGCAGGCAGAGAAAACUGGUAACAAACGAGAGGAGGAUGCCAACAAGGAUCAACACUUAGUAAGCAAUGACAGAAUACUUCAAGAGUCAGUGACGCAUGUGGCUGCCAGGAUAACUGUCAUGGCUGCCCACACAGAGGAAGACAACCGAACAAUCUAUUUGAGCAGUCCAGACUCUGCAGUUGGAGUUGAAUGGGCAUGCAGUAGUCCAUCAUCUGUCGAGAAUCUUAGUCUGUCGCCUACGUUUGUCUGGGGAGAAAGGAACCAAGCAAAAUCUGAUGAGAAUAGAAAAUACCAAUCUUCCUUGGCUCAGAAAUACCAGGUCAAUACCAACCUCACCGUACCAUCCAAAUUGAACAAAUCUGAAGAAUGUAUUAUUCCCAGAGUGUCCUCCCCAACACACACGUCUGGGAUCUUAUCCUCUAUUUCCCAUAAAAAGGAAUCUUUGGAGAUGAAUGACAGGUGCUUAGCGAGUGGAGAUCGCAGACAGAGGUUCUACCCCACAACAUGGAGCCGACAAUGCAGAAUUGAUGAGGAAGAGGAGGAGGAGACGUCAUCUGGGUUGAUACUGUCAAGGACAAGUGCUGUAAGCAGUGCACAGCUUGUUGCAUCCAGCACUGUUGUUAAAGAAGACAAUGAGACCUUGCACGACCUGAAGGGUCAUAAAGGCAUGAGUAAAUCUGCUUCCUGUCCUGUAGAACUUUCAAAAGUAAAUAGCGAAGCUGAAGGCUCCAAUCAACCCCCACCCCCUCCACCAAAAAAACAGCCCAGGAAAAUGAAAAAGAUUAACUCCGAACUGGAGAAUAUGAGUCUUGGUUCUGUGGAGAGCUUGGGGGAAUCUUUUAAAGGCACAAAUGUGAGCAACUCAAAUGUGAACAUCAAUGCCAGCUUCAGUACAGGUUCUUUGGACAGCUUGGAUUCCAGGACAUGCAGUGAAGGAGGUCAGUCUUGUGAAAUUGUUAGUUCGCCAGCAAUUUCCUCAAGCGGUGAGAAAAAACAUUUUGCCCAAGUUUCUUUCUCUGUGGACUCUGGCAUGGAAACUCAACAUGGACCUGUGCAGCCACCACCAUUACCCAUAAAGAAGUCGAUGAACAGGGCUGUUUCAGCGCCUGAUAACUCUGCCUGGGGACAGGCUUUUCCAUCAAAAAAUGGAGUUGGUCCCAACAGUCUAAGGCUUAAUCAGAGCCAAUCAGAAAACAAUGUUUGUGGUGAAGAAGCUGCAUCGCAUAGCUAUCCAUUAAGUCCUAUGGACAGGCAUGUUAUGUUUUCUUCCUCAGAAUCCUUGGAGCAGUGCUGCAGAGGCAGUGGACACAGAAAUGAGGUCAGAAAUCGGAACUGUCUUCAGAGCCGAGGAACCCCAGCACUCUCUACCUCUCAGCUGAGCGUCUCCAGCCAUGCAUCGUCUGCAUCAAGUCUGCAGCUCCACCAUCUGCUUAGCAAUAUAGACAGCAAAGAAGGCAUGUAUGCUAAGCUUAGUGGCCUUUAUGCCCAGUCUACAAGGCGCUUGAUGAACAAAUGUGAGGAUUACUUCAUGUGGGACCAAAAGAAGGAACUGCAUUUCAACGAGACCAGCUGGUCACUCUUUAAGCUGACAAGCAACAAGCCCUGCUGCAAUGCUAGAGAUGCUAUUUAUUAUUGUGCAAGGUGUGCCAAGGACCCAUCAAAUAACUAUGCAGUCAAGAUGUGUAGGGCAGAAGAAACAAACGUCCCUUUAAACAGCAACCUAUCACUACCUGUACACUUCAAUAUACAACAAGACUGUGGACAUUUUCUUGCUACCGUCCCUUCAAGUUUAUUACGUCCACCAGAUGCUCCCAGGGGCUGUCCAAGUGAGACCUCUCAGACUGCUGCCACAUCAACUGAGGAAGACUGUGUUGUGGUUAUUACACGAGAAGCGCCUUAUUGUACAGCUGCAGAUUUUGUUCGGGAAUCUGUGCCCAGCCAUAAAGCUCAGCCAGAUAUUUAUGAACGCCAGGUUUGCCUUUUGUUACUACAACUCUGCAACGGUUUGGAGCAUUUAAAGGAACAUGCCAUUAUCCACCGAGACCUCUGCUUAGAUAACCUGCUGCUUGUCCACUGUCAAACCACGCCUGAUAAGAUUAAAGAUGGCAAGUAUAUUCCACGGCUUAUUGUCAGCAACUUCUCCAAAGCAAAGCAGAGACCUGGAUCUGAAGACUCCAAAGUCAAGAAGGAUAAAACCAGGUUGGCACCUGAGAUCAUGGCUGCCUCCCAGUACAAAAAGUUUGAUGAGUUCCAGACAGGGAUUCUUAUUUAUGAACUUCUUCACCAGUCCAACCCAUUCGAGGUCCGUACAAGUCUUCAUGAGCAUGAGUAUAGCCAGAAGGACUUGCCACCUCUUAAAAACCUAUCAGUUUAUUCCCGUGGGCUACAGCAUCUUGCUCACUUGUUGUUAGAAGCCGAUCCAAUCAAACGUAUACGCAUCUCAGAAGCCAAGCGUGUCCUUCAGUGUCUGUUGUGGGGACCAAGGAAAGACUUAACGGACCAGCCAUUUAGCCACGAGGAGGCUUUGCAUUGUGCCCUUCAGAACUGGAUUGAUAUGAAGAGAGCUCUCCUGAUGAUGAAAUUUGCAGAGCGUGCUUUGGAACCGCAGUAUAACAUUUCACUCGAAGACUGGCUGUGUUGCCAGUAUUUGGCAUCUGCUGAUCCAUGCUACCUUUAUAAAACACUAAAACUUAUUAAACUUAUUACAUAAUGUGAACCAGAUAUUGGAGUCUGUCUGCAGUCUGGUUACAACAAGCUAGCUGUGGGUUGUAGAACACUUCAUG